CUUCAGUCUCGCAACCAACCUUACUUUGCGGCUACUUCCUGUCAAAAAGAAAUAAUUCUGUCGUGUCGCGUGUUGCCGACCGACAUCUUCAUAAAAUGGAUAUGGACGAGGACGACGAUAUCUAUGUUCCCGAGGAACCCAUAGUCAAUGACGACAAAAAUCAGCCAACCGUGACCAAAACCGACAACAUGGACGAAGGCGACGAGGACGAAGGUGCAGCUAUGGACGAAGACAACGAUAGUGACGACGAUUCGGACAUUGACAUCAUCACCGUACGCAAAGACGGCACAAAAGCAGAGCCUCCAUCACAAUCAAAAUACAGCGAUAUCAGAAAUAUUCCCCAACGUACCACAUCAAAUGAUACGCCAGUUCAAGCGACGCCGACCGAAGACGAUGGCGACGACACAGCUGCGACAACAGCAAAGACGGCGGUCAAUCUCGCUGCGCCAAGUGCAGAUCAAGCUUCUGCUGCAGCAUCGAAAUCUACGAUUGAUAUCAAUGCCAAUCCUAUUUACCCAGCCGCAGGAAAGCCUAUAACACAACUGAAUAUCGACGAAGAUCUCGGAGAACACGAGAAGCCGUGGCGCAAGCCAGGAACCGAUAUCACGGAUUAUUUUAACUACGGCUUCGACGAAUUUACAUGGGCUCUCUACGCCGCUAAGCAAGACACGGUGCGCGGCGAGUUUGGCGCUGAUGCGUUUGCGAACAACAAUAAGAAGAUGAUGGACGACUUUAACAACAUGAUGAUGAUGGGUGGUAUGGGAAUGGGUGGUGCCGCCGGCGGAUCUGGGGCACAGGGUGGCAACAUGCAGACCAUGGAGGGUAUGCCGCCUGAGAUGCAGCAGAUGAUGCAGCAGAUGAUGGCAUCCGGCAUGGACCCGUCGCAAAUGGAUAUGAGCCAGAUGUUCAACGGCAUGCAGAACGGCGGCGCGGCCGUGGGCGCUCAAGAGAAUAAUCAAAACUACACCCAAGGCGGCUACGCAGGUAGUCAGCAAGGGCAAGGCUAUGGUGGUAGCGGAGGUUACAACCAAAACAUGGGUGGUGGUGGCGCUCGUGGAGGCUAUGGUGGUGGACGCGGCCGCCGCGGUAGAUGGUAGAUAUAUCCAAGUCACCAUUAGAAGCCAGACAGGCCGUUGGGGUCCAAGUGUAUUAUUCAACCGCAGGCUUACAGAGCUGGAUAUCAACAGACACGUUGGAACCAUCACCACCAUGGUCUCAUAAAGAUAGCGUGAUGAUGUUACCGGAGUUUAGUAAUGAAUAAUUUUUACACAGUUAUCAUAAAUGAAAUCUUUCGAUAGGGUUA